CAUCCAUCAAAUAUACAUAUUCCACCAACAAGUUAUUCCUCAGAUUUCCCCUCCCCCCUUCCUUUCUCAUCUUUUAUAUAAACUUUGACCAUGGCUCGAGAGCCUCUUUCUAUUGAUACUGUUGUCUAUUGUCUUCUCAGUGCCUUUUUAGUAGCUUCCUUUCUCUUCUGCCGCAAAAUGAUUGCCGAUAAGCAACAUAGCUUUGGGACACAACCCACAGACGUAUCCCAUUCUCGUCCAGACUUAUGUUCUCAGUAUGAACCACCCCCGUAUGCUGCUCCUACAACACCUCCACUAACAUCGAUGUCUUAUUCAGAUACAGUUAUCCAAAUGGAGUCUUCCCCACCUCCACCAUAUCGACCAUCUAACGCUGAAGCACUAUCGACUCAAGCUAUCCCUUUAGGAGCUUCAGGUGCAAGCCCGGCGAUAUCUCCUUCAGCCACCAUUCUGAACCCUACUACUACUUUGCCAUACCCGACUCCCGCUGGCUCAAUAGCACCUAUACCUGCCAGUGCCUAUCCUUCCAUGUCAGUUCCCCCAGCCUAUAACCCAUCUUCUUGAAGUAGAAG